UCAGCUCUAGAUUAUUCAGAAUGAGCUUUGGAAGUCCCGGUGGCGGCGCGACAAAUGUCAAACCUACACCUCCCGAACGAGGGAGCUUUCCGCUAGAUCAUGACGGCGAAUGCAAACACCUAAUUCAAUCAUACCUCAGAUGCCUCAAACUCCAGCGCGGCGUCAACGAUGAGCAGUGCCGUCGGUUAGCCAAGGGGUAUUUGGCCUGUCGGAUGGACAAGAACCUCAUGGCACCAGAUGAUUUCAGAAAUCUUGGGCUUGUUUUUGAGAACGACGGCGAUGGGUCACACGCACAAGCACAGGCACAGACACAAGUACAGACACAAAGUGGGUCGAGUUCGGGUUAAUAGCAGAUUUGGGGUUGCAUUGAGGCUUUGGUGGAAAGCUUGGUGCACGGUUGAUGUUUACUGGUACUCCCGCUUUAGCUCGCGCCUUGCAUGACAUGGCGGGCUGUAUGAGGUCGAUGAGGUCGAUGAGGUCGAUGAGGUCGGUUUAAACUGUACAUUACAUGUAUCAUAGGGUUGUUUUUCUCUGUAUCUCAUGAGUUAUGAUAUUUCUCCUACCUCCUGCAGUG